AAGAUUUGAUGUAUCAGUUCGAUCGACUAUAAGUUUGUUGUAUAAAAAGAUUACUGUACCAGAAUGAUCAAACUAAGGAAGUUCAAGGAUGAAAAUAAAAUUUCUACCUUUCUCCGGCUAAAACCCAGAACCCUUCCUUCUGGUUCCCUCAAUUCGAAGCACCCGUUCCUCCCUAGUGAGAGACUCUGAGAGAUGAGUGGCGCCGGAACCCCUGAUUUCUUCUAUAGAGAAGCUCAGCGCCUCGGCUACGUAGCACGCUCUGCUUUCAAGCUUCUCCAGAUACAGAAUAAGCACAAACUGAUAACUCCCGGGUCAUCCGUUCUUGAUCUGGGUUGCGCCCCCGGUGCUUGGCUUCAGGUGGCAUGCCAGAGCUUAGGUCCAUUACAAAGUGGCGGGGCAGUAGUGGGCAUUGAUCUCAAGAAGGUGAAGGUUCCUUCAGCUCACUGUGAUGCAAGGGUUCAGACUGUUUCAGCUGAUGUGGUGAAGCUCCCCAUGGACCAAAUUAGGGCUCUCUCUCCUAAGAAGAAAGGAUUUUCUGUGAUACUGUCAGACAUGUGCCCUUCAGUUUCUGGGAUUACAACCAGAGAUGCUGCUUUAUCCAUGGAGCUAGGGAUGCGAGCACUUGAACUGGCUGUGGGUAGAGCAGCAGCAUCAAUUCAGCAGGAGGGGUCUGUAGAUGGACCUUCUGCUGCUGCUGAUACCAAUGAAAGUGGUAUAUUAUUAUCUGGAGGAAACCUAGUCAUCAAGCUUCUGGAGAGUGAGGAUAUUCAGGACUUCACCAAGAUAUGCAAGCCACUCUUCAGAAAGGCAUCGUGGUUAAGGCCGAAAGCAACACGAUCUUCGUCAAGAGAGAUCUACCUCAUCUGCCAAGGCCUCCAAUCAUAAAAGAUCCCGAUUCUCGGUUUGCUGCCGGAACAGCUGCAGAGGCAAGGCUGGGUAGGUUAAAGGGUUCUGUGUGAAUUGUCAGAGGAAACAGUCCUUCUCUGUUUCAGUGAUUUACAAUUUCUUUUUUGCACCUAAAGUUCUUUAGAUGAAAGAGUGAGUGAAGGAUAUAGUGAAAGCGUAAAGAGAAGGUUCUAUGAAGUGUAGGCGUGUAGCCAAGAAAUUGGCAGUCAUCUUCCAGUUUGCUACAAAGGGAAAUCAUAUCACUUGGACAGAAAAAAGGUUGUGCAAGGUUACUGCUUACUAGCCUAUUGGCGCGUAAGCUGAUUUGAAAAGCAAAAUCAAACUUGGUUGGUUGAGACUAUAACUCGACUAGUUCUUAAAACCCAAGAAUUAUUGGGUACUUGAUUUCUGAAGAGUUGGUAGUCUACGCCGCCAGCGGGGCCAAUCAAAAGCUCACAUUGGC